AGAAACUCACCUGUCACGCAACUUGAGCCCCCUCGCCCCAUCUGAAGGUGGCCUCACGGAAUGGCCGCCUUAGUUCUAGUGCCUCAGUCAACACUCGAGGCACUGCUACGGGACGACCUCGCACAAAGGGGGGAAAUAACGCAGACCGGAAAGUAUCAAAAUAUUCAGUGUGGACUGGGGAAUGUGCUCCUUGAAAGUCACAAAUGAACCCUAAGUUAUAUUAAUUUAUUAGUGAAAAGACCAUUAGAAAAAAUGAGGACUUUCUAGCCAGAGUGGACGAAAUUUGACCUACCCAACGACACGAUCUUCCGGCAAGCCACAAAGAAGUCAUGCCCAAAACGAAAAGACUGUCAUAAGACCGACACAAGAAGUUCCUUCAAGCGCCGGCAAGACGGUGUUUGCAUGACAACGCAACAGCUGCCACUCAUUGGGGUCCCACUGGAGCCCCCUACGAAGUUUUUCUGAUGAGGCAGAUCUUGAAAAGGAUGGUGUGUGGCACUCAAUCGAAACUAAGGAAAUACAAGGCGGAAAUGCAAAAGCUCCUCUCUGUAAAUACGGAACAAAAAGCUUUGUGUGACCCGGCGAGAAUCGAAUUUCUGUUACCAAGAAGAGUCAACUCGGCGUCUUCAACACCCGAAUUGUGUUACAAAACAUCAUCGUCGUCGUCUUCUUCUUCUCCAUCAUCGGGGCCAUCAUCAAUGCACUUAUUCAUCCGGUUAUCAUCUCAGUUUAGAUAAAAAGACUGAUGAGAAAAGACAAUUAAGUUCUAACAGAAAAUACACCAGAAAUGACUACAAGAGAGAUAGAACUCCUGUGGAGAUAGGACUCGCAUGAACAUCAAAAUAAUUUGCAGGGAAAUAUUAUAACAAUCAAAAUGAAUGAAAUAAGAUGUAAAACCUGACAACAAAGACUCUGUGAGCGGAAAACGAGAGCCAAAGACAUUCACUGAAAGCUUUUGAUAAUCACAUGAAAAUUGGCUUACUCAUUUUCAUUGCAAACUUAAUAAUAAUAUUUUAAUUCAUCCGGCUCAUGGAAACCGGAUUGCUUUGGGCUAAACUCUUCUACCAGCAACAAGGCUCCAUGAAGAUCCAGCUCACAGAACAGAAGGCUAAGGAAAGCUACGCAAGGAGCGUCGCCAAUUCCCGGUGGUGUGCGGACACCAUGAGGAAUUUGGUGUACUACACCGUCAUGGGACCCUGUAAAUGGGUACAACUCUCCUUGCACCUUAUUCGUGGCAGAUCCUACAACCUUUUUGAGAAUGAAGAUGGGAGUGAUGUGAUCCUAAUGGUGGGAGAUGGCAGUUAUCGAGAGAGAGUACCAGCCCACUCCUGGGUACUUGCUGCUGGCAACCAGUACUUCAGGGCCUUGUUCCAAGGUCCGUUUGCUGACAGGCACAAAAAAACCUACGACAUCCCUAAUGACCCAAAGGGAUUUCAGAAUCUCUUGAAGUGGUUGUACCGUCAUGAAUGUGGGAUCCAAAGUAUGGAUAGUGCCCUCAUCACCUUACAAGUAGCCAUUGAGUACCUGUGUCCAGAAUUAGCUGAGUUAUGUGUCGAGUACAUUGGAAAACACUUAAGAGUGUCUAAUGUGCUAAAAGUGCUACAGUUCACCUGGAGAUACUGUCCAUCUUCUCAAACUUCUGACGACAGUCAGGGAUCAUCAGUUAUAUCAACAGCUCCUUCAGCUCCUAGUCUUGAAAUAAUGGAUGAUCCUGAAGACGACGACGACGACACAAACUCAUUUGGUGCUGCAGAUAGAUUACAGCAGCUUGACUUAUCCCAACACACAGUUCACAGUAUGAGUCAACUACAAAAGCUUUCAGAAGAAGCAGAAUUCCAAGACCCAACAGCAUGCUGUAGUGAUCUUUACAACGUCUGUCUUGAAGUUGUGGACAGUGCCACCCAAGCUGUUUUAGCAUCUGAACCUUUAGAAGAAUUAGAUUACAGAACUCUACAGCUCAUCUUAAAGAGAUCAACUCUCAACAUACCAAACGAAUUACCUAUAUUUCAUGCAGUGCAACGGUGGUCAACAGCCGAAUGUAAACGUCGCAUGUUGCCUUUGACCUCUGACAACAGAAGAGCAGUUCUUGGUGAUCUCUUGUACUAUGUAAGGUUCUUGAACAUGACAAACGAGCAGCUUCAACAGACCAGUAGCCUCCUCACAGCUGAUGAAUUCAACUACCUUGCUACUAGAAUUUCAGGUCACACUCCUGCCACAAUACCUGCCACUCUUAACCCCCAUCUGGCCAUGAUGGCUACACCUCGCCAUCACAAGCCGCCUACUCUGCCAACAACAGAUUCAACAAACAAGAACAAGAAGAAGGGUACCACAGGCAAGAGAAAAUACACAAAAAAGGAGCUAAUGUUGGAUGUGGUUUCCUGUCUUGCUGUGAUUUUUGAUUAACAUUUCAUUUCUGCUUAAAUGAAUCAGUGUUACAGUAUGUAGUUGUUUUCAAGAGAUUACAUUUAUUAUUUUGUGAAGGACAACAUUCUUUUGAAGUUCAACACAUUUACCUCAAUGAGGUUUAGGUUUCAACACUAACAAGAAAUUUAGUUUGUUAUUAGUACGGAUGCGUAAUUCAUAACAGAUCCUACUUUUAACACAGAAAUUGUUGGUAGCAGUUACAUGGAUAAAAUUCAAAAAGCAGAACUUAUAAUUUUUUUGUCCAUUAUAACAAUUUUACAAAAUCUGCUACUGUUGUUAAAGGAACCCAUUUGAACACAUAAUUUUAUGAAACUAUAUAAAUUUGUUGUAGUCUGACUGCAGCCACUUAGAGAAUGGAAAUUCAAAUUGUAAAUACAGUACCAUAAUGUGCAUCACAUACAUGAUGUACUACUCUGAAUGUGAUAAUUAACUAACUUAAAAAAAAUUGCCUUAACUUGAUAGUUGUUAAAUGUGUGUAAAGAUGUUUUGUAUUAAAAUGCUUUUUUCCCUCAUAUCUUAUAUAUGUAAGUUGUCUUGCAUAUGGUAAAUAGUCUAGUCAAUUUAUUUUCUUUAUUUGGCAUCAAGCAUUGUGGUUAAUCAACUAUACAGGGAUUUUACAAAGAAACCAUAACAGCACUUCAACAUAUUUUUUCUAUUUCUUCAAUCCAUAAAAUUAUCAAAGAGUAUGACUGUUAAGAGAACUUAAAUUAGCAAAUAAAAUUGGUCAUACUGUACAGACCAAUAACAAGAGAGAAUCAAUAUCCCUAUGUACUUAUUUCAUACAAUUUCUGAUAUCAAACAACCUUGCUGGCUACUGUUAGUCACACACACUGCAUAAACAGUGUAGUAAUGUUUAAAGUACAAUUACCUUUAGUAUUUUAUUUGAGGGGCUUAGGUAGUUAGAAAUACAGUAAAGUUUAUUAUUAUUUUUGACAGUGAUUAUCCUGCUACCAAAGAUUAAACAUUUCUUUGGGCUUGUUUCUCUCCUAAAUCUAAUUACUACCAUUAUGUAUAUUAGAAUGGGAAAACUAUUUACAUGAUACUUCAAUAUCAAUGAGAAUGUACUACUCAAUAGUAGAUGAAGCAUGUUCCAUUGCCCAAAAACAGCACCACAAACAUAUGAGAGCAACUAUAUUGGGAAGAACCAAGCCUAAAAAAACAAGUGGUACUUUUGCCAUAGUAGUAGUAUCUCCCAUGCAUUUAAUGUGUGUACAACCAGAUUAAGCUUAACAGUUUAUUGCUCUCUCUUGUCAUUGAUCACUUACAUAUGAAAUAGUUCUCUGAUAUAAGCCACUGAGAAAAAUUUAGAUGAAAGUAGUGCCUAAACAUCAUGAAGAAAACUUUGUCAGAUCUCAUAGCAAAAAAAGCAUAUAUUUAUAGCCUUGAUGCAUUCUGUAAAUAUUUAUGAUGCCAUUAAUGCGCUAAAAAAAGUGCACUGCCUUUUCUAUAAAGCCUCUAAAGCAGCAGCCAUGCCACUGACACUACAACACCUGGAGAAUACUGUAGCAUUAUUAUUUCAGUACAGUAUUUAACACAUGAAAUUUUCAUUUACUUUUAAGGACUGUGAGUUACACUGUAUUAUGCUCUACUUGAAUAGGUUUGUGUGCAUAUUAAGUGAAGUGCUCACAUGGCAGUACUGUAACUGUAUGUCAGUUUGGAAAAAUAAAAGGUGUACCUAGUUGUACACUAUUAAAAUAAAAAAAAUAAAAAACAUGAUAAUCACACUCUGUAGCUAAAAUCAAGCAAGAAUUACAGUAAACAAAGUGCCAUUGCUUUUUUUUUGCUUUCAACAGUAUUAUUUACUGUACAUGUAUCAAAACUUAUUUUGCUUGAAAAUAAAUUUGCAAAGCUCAAAAUAUUUACAAAUGAUUUUCAUAUUAUUCAGUGCCUGUGCUUAUGGGAAAUGUCAGUGCAAUAUGCUUGAAACUCUAACAACAAAGUAAAAAAACAUAGUGAAAAGUAAGCUGUCACAAUCUACAGUAAUCAGAAAUCAAUCAAUUUACAUUCAAUAGACAGAAGCAUACAUUCUGACCGUCUUAUAAUAAAACGCAAAGAAGUUAAUCAAUAUUUACCUAAAUAUAUUUCCUAUUUUUUCACCAGUCAUAAGCUUUCUAAUGUCUAUUUUUACUUCAAUGGCAAAACAAUUAAACACAGCAGCUUUUUGUUAAACUUUACAUCAUAACUUGCUUUUGUUGAUUACAAUUUUUAAAACUUCAAAACAUACUUAUUUGUUAACAAUGUAUAAGAGGGAUCUUUGCAUAGUGUCACCAUGUUGAUAAAAAGAAAACUAUACUUUCUUUGCACAUUAAUACAUGAGACUGGAGUUAGUUUUUAUUGUGAAUAUUCAUUGAAUUAAUUUUAUUUGAGUCAUAAGUUAACUUCAGUGUAUGGCAUUAUGGUUUUCCCUUAUAACUGAAAAUAUACAUUAGUCUGUAUAUAAAUGCAUAAUUUUUUCCAAAAGGUUUGUUUUACAUUUUAGCAAGAUUGUAAAAGAAUGUUGCCAAAGUUAAUAAACCGAAAGGUCUAAAUAGUACAA